AUGCAUAGGUCUCUGCGCAAAGUUGCUACUCUCCUCUGCGUCGGCGGCUUUGUGUUUCUCUUUUGUGUAGCUGGUUACGGAGUUAUUCUUCAGUUCCAACUGUUUAAUCAGUUUUCAAAUGGCCCCAGAGCUGUCAUCCUCAAUCCAAAAGACUCUGUAGCGCUGGGUAAACGACACUACUUUGCUUCCAUGAGUCUUAAACAAAUUGAUGAACUCUCUGAAGACCGCGCGAGAAACCUUACCCCUCCCCAAUUGGAUUAUCCCCUUGGUGAAAAGGUAAUCAUACUCGUGCCUUAUCGCAACCGAAAACUGGAUCUCCUUAUAUUUCUGCUUCACAUGACACCGUAUAUGCGGAUCGUUGGCACUCCAUACGAAAUUCUGGUAACUGAGCAAGUGGGAAAAUCACGAUUCAAUAGGGCAAAAUUAUUUAACGCGGCAUUGAGGGAAAUUUUUAAUGCCAAACCAGGUGACCGGUUAUACGGCUGCUCCUGUUUUGCAUUUCAUGAUGUGGACAAGCUUCCUGUCAGCAUGAAGACGCCAUAUUACUGCCUUUUCCGACCACAUCAACUUCUACGUUAUGUGCACUAUAAAAAAGGUGGAAAGCCAAUGUAUCGCAACACUCUUGGCGGCAUAACCCUCUUCACACGAGCCCAUUUAGAGGCUAUGAAUGGCGCUUCGAACUCUUUUGAAGGCUGGGGUGGUGAAGAUGACGAUCUCUAUAAGCGAGUUCUCUACAUCCAUCACCGCCCUCAGCGAGCCCGCUUUGACGAGGGUCAAUUCUACGAGGAAAAUGGAGACAGUCAUGUCCGUGAUAAGUCGCCUGAUCGGUACCGGACAUUGGCCAAAAGCAGUCCUCAGCGGAUGCUUCAGGAUGGACUGCGGCAAACGCAGUACACACUGAUUCGACGCAGAGACUACUCAAGCUUUGUUUGGAUGCUGAUUUUACUGUGA